CAAUGCCAUGGUGGCGGAGGUGGAGACUCUUCACGCAGUGAUCAUUUCCAGCCUGCACCGCACUAUCCCCCUCAGCACCAUUUUGAACACACUCCACCCCCUCAUCAAUUUGAACAUGAACCUUUCAUACCCCCACCCCCACCCCCAUCCCAACAGCAUUAUGAAACACCACAUCACCCUAACCCACCCCCUCAACAUCAUGAAUCUCCACACCACCCCCAACAGGAAAACCAUCCACCCCCACCCCCACCCCCUCCUCACAGCUGGCCAACAGAGACGCCUCAAGGUUUUCAAGAUGUUCCAGCAAUUAAACAUGUGGUGGAAGGGCUAGCCAAUGGACUGUCAGAUAUUUACAUCUCAGAUCAUGUUGUCUUGGAUUCAAACCCAGAGGUUCAAGAAAUUUCACAUCAACAGGCAUGGGAAAGAGGCGAAAUUGAUUACAGAGGUCGCGACAAGUUUGAAAAUAUCCAGAAGAAGAUUCAAGAAUCUAUAAAUGUGUUGAGAGAUCCCACUGAGGCACCCAUGGUUUUGUUUUAAGAGGCAAAAGAGGGCACUGUCCUCAAGACUUCAUGUUAGAAUUUUCCUUUUAUGAGAGAACCUUAGAGAUGGAGGCAGUUGUGGCCAAGAAUGAAGGGUCAGUGUGUGGUGUUAAAUGAACACCAGUUAUGUUGUAAAGAUUGAAACCAAAAAAAAAUGAUCCCAUUGAUUGGGCAAACCUUUCUCUUGUAUUGAAUACAGUCGAAUAAUAUAUUUGAAAGGAAUUGUUUGUUUUACGUGGUAUAUAAACCCAAAAUUUUAUUGUAACUUGUGGGAAAUGCAUAGGGAGUGAAACCAAAAACAAAAGCAUGAAAGUGAUGAUCCCAUCCAUCAUGCAAUCCUUUCUCUUGUGUUGAAUACAACAGAAUAAUAUAUUUGAAAGGUAUUGUUAGUUAUACCCUGCUCAUAAACCCAAAGGUUACUAUAAUUUUUGACAAAUGCACUGAAAAUUAAAAUUAAUAAAAUCGAGAACAAAUUCAUGUUACAGGAUCAAUGUUGAUAUCUGAGCAGCUGUGUACCUACCCCUCCCCUAUCCCAACAACAGUCAAUUGAUAACAAAGUAGGGUUAAUGUUGGAUUAGGGGAGGGGUAGGUGUACAGUUGUUUGGAUACUGACAGUGAUAUAUAGUAGCCUGUAUUUAACUAAGUAUUUUUGGUUUUGUGUCUUGUUUGUGAAAUCUAAAUUCACCCCACUCUGGGUUCGAGUAUUCUCGAAAGAAUCAUGUUGUUUAUGUCAAGGAUAGAUAUCAAAAGAUGUACUGCUUCUGUAUUUUCUUUUUCAGUGAAAUAUUUAGGGAUGUACAUUUUUCUUUACAUAAGAGCUCUAUUUAUUCAUUUAGUGCAAUUAUUGAAAAUGAGCUUAGGAAUUUUGUGAAGUGUUUUAUUUUAUUGUGGUAAUAAUCUUGUGAUAAUCAGUAUUUAGAUUGUUUCUAGAGUGCUGUGAAAUACGACAGUGCAUGCAAACAUGCAAACAAUUGCGUCACUUAAAUAAAUAGGAGCUUAGUCAGAUGUAAGAACCCUAGAAAACUCCCACAUUCAAGACCACCAUUUUGGUGUACUUAAUUUCUGGUGGAACCUGAAUUUUGGUUGUUAAGAUCAACUUUCAAUACUAUACCCUGCAAUCUUCUCUCAAGAUUUUCAAUUUCAUUUCGUUUGUAUUGCAUGGCUUCUUUCAAAAAUAAUUACAACUAUUGCACAAACAUGAGCAUUCUAAAAUAGUAGGAUUACAUCAUAUCAAAUCAAAUUUGGUGCUCAGGAAUAAAAUAAUAAACAUGAUGGUUUGAAA